UAGAUCUGUCAGGUAGAAAUAGAAAAGUGCCAUUUCUGCUACUACUCGGAAAAAUUAUUGAACUAGUUUUCUCAAUUGAUUUUCCAGUUUUUCCACUGUUGAUGUUGAUGCGGAAUACAUAUAUUUAUCGUUCUACUGAAUAAUGGUUUGCUACUCCUCAAAUUUUUCUAUGAGGAAUUAAAGAUACCUACGAUUUGUGUAAAGUGAUAGUGAUACAGUGAAAGAUGGAACCUGCAGCACCAGGAACAGAGGACGAUCCAGUUUGUAGUCAAGAAUUCAGGCCGAUUAAAAAGGACACUCCAGAGGAACAAGCUCUGUCGAAAAAAGCCAUUUUACCUAACGGACAAUAUGGUAACAUUUUCCUACUGGAAUAUAUACAGGGAGCGCAACAUUGGUACUGUAAGGUCUGCGACCGACCAGUCUUGGGUAGGGUUUUCAAUCAUGAAAUCGGCAAGAGACAUUUGGCUAGACUGAAGCUGGGCAACAACGAUAUUCAUGACGACGACGAUGACGAGGACAGGAACGACUCAGGCUCGGCCAUUGGGAUGGUUGUGGCUCCCGGUGAACCUUUACCUCCGGGUUUCGAAGGGGAAGUGGAAGAAACCAAGACUCUCAUUCAGGAUCGUUUGGAUAAGUUCAACGUGGGCCCUUUGGUAGGUCUCGAAUACCUCUUGGAGCUUCUGGAUUACGAUCCCUCGAAAGAACCCACCUACAUGUGUAUUUUAUGCCAUAAGAAGGGAGAUCCCCGGACGAUUCUGACACAUUUGGCCAGUUACAAUCAUCAAGUGGCGUACUUGCAGAAGCACUUUCCGACCGCCUAUCGUCACAUAGCGCCCUACAUGAUCAAGGUUUACAAGAGAAACUGGCAGGCGGGACUGCAGAAGAUUGCCGACGCCAUAGAAUCCACCUUUGGACGUUUGAAACCCAUCCAAGUGGAGGCAGGGAAGUUUAACAAAGAUUCGAUGUACUACGUGGAGUUGGUGGCCAAGGGGAAACAUUUCAGCGAGUUGUCAGGGCAGACCUUUGAGAACGUAGUCACCAAGGAAGAAUUGACCAAAGUAUACGAAGAGCCAAAAAAACCUGCACAACAGGCCCUAAACAAACCGGCUAAGCGAAAAAGCCCCUCACCGCCUGUUGUGGCCAAACCGAUGAAGCGACCGAAGGCCCAAGUUGAGAACGUACCGAAGAGGAGGUCUCUUUCUCCCGUUUCCGACGUUUCCAGCAGUGAUUUGGAGGAUUUUGAUGUAAAGAGCCCAGUUAAACCCUCCAGAACCAACGAGAGUUUUAGGAAAGGUAGACCGGGAGUCAACAGCAACAGUUCCUUCUCGAGAAAAGAGGGUGCGAUGCCCUGGCAGAAGUCGAGUUAUAGGAGGGAUAGGCCGAUAUCGGUUAGUGAGAGGAGCAGGGAUGAAAAAGCGGAGAAAAUGGAAGAGUUCAAGAGGUUGGCUAAAGCUAUCGACAAUCAGAUGGAGCUGGUUCUGAAGAAGCACAAGGAGAAUCCGGAGAAACAUCCUAAAUACAAUGAUGAAUGGAAAAAAUUCUGGAAUGCAAGGUACAAGGAAUUGCAAGCGGAAGGUAAGAACGCAGCCACCCACGAUUUCAAGCCGGAGUGGAUAGAAUACUGGAACAAGCGCAUAUUGGAGUUGCAUCAGGAGGAGGUGAUAUCCAGCAAGGCUGCGCUGAGGAAGAGGUUGGGCUUGGAGGAACCCGCCCCCAUCUCCUUCAAGAUCGGUGAAAGGAGAAAACCGGUUAGUUCUGGUAGCAAACCGGUUCCCACCGCUGCUCAACCCGACAAUGAUCCAGAGGUGAUAGUCAUCGACGAUAACGAUGACGACAACGUCGGCAGGGGUAGAAAACGCCCCGGAUCCCCGUUCAGAAGGAAAGACAGGUCCCCGCAGUUCCGCAGACGCUCCCCGCCCAACAUCAAGGACUCCCCGCCCUCCCGCCGCAGGGGCUCCCCCUCCCCCAUCCCCUCCUACCGUCGCAAGGACUCCCCGCCCCCGCGACGCAGGGAAUCUCCCCCGCCCCGUCGCAAGGAGUCACCGCUGUCGCGUCGUAGGGACUCCCCGAUCUCCCGCAGACCCUCGCCCCCAUCCCUGAGGAUCAGGGACUCGCCCAAGAGGCAGAUGUCGCCGCUGUCGCGCAGGAAGAGCUCCCCCUCCUUCCACAGGGCGCCGUCGCCGCCCCUGAAGAUCAAGGAGGACAAGAUACCGCCGUCCCCGAUGAGGGACAGGUCGCCGAGACGUGACAAGUUCGAGAGGUUGAGGGAUAGGUCGGAGGAGAGGUCCAGGUCGAGGGGCAAGUCGCGCGAGAUCAGCUGGGAGAGAGAGAGGGAAAGACGAAGGGACUACGACGAGAAACAUUGGGACAGGGCGUACAGGCCCAGAGACCCUUGGGAGCUGGAGCAUCACUAUCCCAUCGAUCCGUACGCCCCUCCCAAGGUACUCAGGGACGUGACUAGGAAGCCCGUCACCGUUCCCCACAUGGACGAGCCCGAAGACGACGGCGAAGUGAACAUAGUCGCCGUAUUGAGACUGCUGACCGCCCUCGAGGAGAAGUUGGGUUCUUUGGGGCCCAAGGUGAUCGACCUGUUGGGCCAGGCCCUGGCGAUGGAGAAGAAGGUGGCCAACAGCUCGGAGGAGCUCCUGGAUAGCGAGAUGAACUGCGUGCUGUUCGAGACCGUCAAGGAAAAACUCAAAGGUCAACUUCAGGCUGGUUUGGUGGAUUGGAUCCAGGAGAAGGCCUUUAAGAACGCCAUCAAGAAAACCGCCAGUCUUAUCCACAUAGCCAGCGAACGGAAGAAGCAAAAGGAACAAGAACUACCGAAAAAACCGGUGGUGGUACCGGGGAUCGGAAAAGUGGACAAGGGUAAAAUCGCCAGGCAGAUCGCAAACGCCCUUAUAGCUCAGGGUAAAACGGACGUCACUCAGGAUGAGCUGGAAGAACUCAUAAACGCGGUGGUUGGUAUCGCCGAAGCUCAGAAAAACAGCACCGAAACUUUAACAACCGCGAGUUUCCUAGAGAAGCUGGCCAAUUCUCAUUCGACGACCGUGGAAAAGACAGAGCCUAAAGUCGAAACCAAACCGGUUGAAAGAGAAGAGAACGAACAGCCCGUCGAAAAGUUGGACGAGGACCACGAGGCCUCCAGCAGUUCCCAGGAUAAAACCGUGAUAAACAUGGAGGGGCUGUCGGAUUCGGACCUGGAAACGUUGCUGCAGAACUUCAAGGACCUCUCCAACGACGAACAAUUGGGGUUGAUAAAUUACCUGAAGAAGCUGGAGGCGAAAGAGCCUGAGAGGGUGGAGAAACUGAGGAAAUUCGUGAACCUGACCGAGAAUCUCGAGGAAAAAACCGAUAACGAAAGGUACAGUCCGUUCCUGGCCAAGAUCGAAGAAUCCUCUGGGAAAACCGAGGAACCGGAAAGUAUCGUUGAGAAGAGCAAGGAGGAAGAUAAUUCGGGUUUCGUCGAUAUAGACUCGGAGGACGAAUAUUCGUUCGAGGACGUUGCCAAAGCUGUGUCGCAGAAGGUGAAGGAGAGCGAAAAAGAGCAGAAGAGGAAAGAGGAUAAGAAUCUGGACGAUGCUAAGGCGUUCAUUACUUCGUUGAUGAGUUCGUUGAACAAGAACAUUACGAAUUCUACGGCUAGUACUACCAGUUCGCCCAGCAUUACGACACCCAACAAGAACAUGUCGGAUAAGAUUAACGUUAUUUCCAAUCUGCCUGUCAGUUCGGCAGAUAUUGCCAAAUCUCUCAGUGGGAUCACGAUGAGCGUGUCGAGUCUAGGAAACAUCCUCGGCAAUGUCCAAAGCAUGGCGAACAGCAAGAUCCAGGCGGAACGGCUGAUCCAGGAGCCGAAGCCCAUCAAUCAGAUCCCAGCGUCCGUACCCCCAACCAAUGUACCAUCGGUACCGCCAAGUUUCGCGAGGAACUCCUACAACGAGUUCGACAUCGCGAGUCAGAGGGACGUCAGGAAUCCCGCGGAGUACAAUCCUCAGGGAUUCGCGAAAGGUCGUCCCAACAAGAACUACGACGAGUUCAACAUCGGUCCGAUACCGCGUGACGUGAAAGACGACGUCAGAGAGUCUAGGAUGCAGGGAGCGUUGAGCGGUAGAGGGCCAGAGAAACCGCCAGGUUUCAAAGACAUGCCGCCAUCUUCAAAUUCACCCUACUUAGACAGACCUCACCAAUCAGACGUAAAUUCGCCGUACUCUCACAUGCAAGGCGCACCCCUGAGAGGCAAUACAAUUAGGGACAGGCCUCUGGACAGGCCCUCCAUGCAGCCUGUGGACAGGCCGGCCUUGCAGCCUCUGGACAGACCCAUGGAGAGGCCUUCCAUGCAGCCUCUCUCCGGCAAGUAUCCCCAGAGGGGUGGCCCCUUCCCCGGCAAGUUGAGGCCCGCGGGUAACAAUUUCGAGCCCAGCGCAGGACGAGGUGAUUUCGGACCAAGGGACGACUACAGGGGAGGAAUGUCGGACUUUAGGGGUGGUAUGGGUAAUUUCAGGGGUAUGACGACUGAUUACAGGGCGGGACCGGACGAAUAUGGACCGGACGAUUACAGAGAGGAACAAACGACUUACAGAGGAAAAGAUUACAGAGAUAUGAGGGGGCCACAAGGUAAUAUUCCGGGACCGGUUGACGAAAUGAGGCCGAAGGGAAACAACUUCGCCUAUUCCGGUGGGGGCCAGGCUUUCAAGGGCGGCAAUUUCAGUAAUGCCAAUCGCCCGAACAACUUUGCACCUGCGCCACCUAGGUAUCCCGGAAGCAGCAAUUACAACAGUCCUUUCAGCAGAUGGUGAUUCCGUAAUCGUCAAGAUCGAUUUGACGAGUUUUUAUUCAUUUGAUGUUACAGUGCACAGCGUUACUUCAGAUGUGAUAAGUUGUAUUUUGAAAUGAGAAAAUGUUAAUUUUCCGAAGGACACUUUUUGUUUGAAGUAUAUCAAUUGUUUUGAAAACGAGUGAGCCAGAUAUUAUCAUCCUUGUUCGAUUAUUUUAAUGAACUGUAAAUGGGUGUGAUAAAGUUCAGUUGACAUUUG